AUGGCUGCGACAUUCCAGUAUCCUUUCCAAUGUAUCAAAUCCGUAGAGCGACGGAAUUCUGGGAGACAGUUGAUCAUUGGCUCUGCUGGACCAAAAAUCUACACCUACGCUGCUGAGACUGGCGAACGCCUCGGUAUCUGGCCAGAGACCGCCAAUACGGCAGAAGCCAAGGCUGCCCCCAGCACCACGGGCGAGGAACCGCCUGAGAAGAGGAGGAAGGUGUCUCCGCCUCCAGACCAGAAACCUGAAGAUUCAGAGCCAGCCAGUCAGAAAUCAAGGAAGCCGGAGGCCUCGCCGGCUUGGUCAACGAUUCCCAUCCUGGCCGUGUCCGCUGAUGGAGAGUAUGUGGUUGCGGUCACUGCUGAAGACAAAUGCAUUCGUGUCUUCGAGGUAGAAGAAAAUGGUGCUCUCAAGCAAUUGAGCGAACGACAAAUGCCAAAGCGGCCCAGCGCAAUUGCCUUGGCCGAUGAUGAUAGAACCAUUCUGUGCGGUGAUAAGUUUGGAGAUGUCUAUUCCUUGCCACUCAUCGACACAGGGAAGGGAUCUGUUGCACCCAGGGCUCCUGCUAAGGUCAGGCCAGACCAGCCAGCAGCAACAACUCUUACUGUUCACAGUAAGCGAAACUUGGCCUCGCUCGAGCAGCAGUUGCGGCAUUAUGGUCAGAAAGACAAAAAUUCUGCAGAGGAGAAGCCUAGUUCUACGUUUGAGCAUCAUCUACUCCUUGGGCAUGUGUCGAUGCUCACAGAUUUGAUCUGCGUAUCGAUCCCGAUGGAUAGUUCAUCUGAGAAGAAGCGAUCCUACAUCCUGACUGCGGACCGGGAUGAGCACAUCCGCGUAUCCCGGGGUCCUUCUCAGGCGCAUAUUAUUGAGAAUUACUGCCUGGGACACACUUCAUUCGUCAACAGUCUAUGCAUUCCUCAAUGGGCACCAGAGUAUCUCGUCUCUGGAGGCGGUGACAACUACUUGCUUGUGUGGAGAUGGAAUGAGGGCCGUAUCGUACAAAAGGUCCCACUAGUCGACGAGACCUCGGAUUCUGAAGUGGCUGUUCGUGGGAUUUGGGUCACAGAUAAAAUGGUACUUGUUGCAAUUGACGGGUCUGCAAAACUUUUGUGCUUCACACUUGAGUCCGAUGGCACGAUGAAGGCACAGAACUCGAUCCAGGCGUCUGGAAACGUGCUCGACCUGACGAUUUCCAGCAAAGACAGCGCAGUUCUAGUGUCAGUUGAUGCGGUCCAUGUGGCUGGCUCGACGCAAGAAUGGCGAGCAACCCCUUCUUCUUCCUCGACUCUUAUUGAAGCGUUCCGCUUGAAGUCAGACACGGAAAAUGUCGAAUGGGAACCGAUGUCUGAGGCUAUCACUUCACAAGUCAAUUCUCAAGGCACAUCGGAAAUAUCCGCAACCCUGGAAGAGAAGCAGAAGAAGGAACUCAAUGAUGCAUUGUAUAGCUCGGGAAAUCUGCGGAAAAAGAACCUGGGAGAGGACGAGUGA